AUGGCUAUGACACUAUUGGAAGACUGGUGCAGGGGAAUGGAUGUGAACUCUCAGAAAGCUCUGUUGGUCUGGGGGAUCCCUGUGAACUGUGAUGAGACCGAAAUCGAAGAGACCCUCCAUGCCGCGAUGCCCCAGGUAUCCUAUCGAGUACUGGGGAGAAUGUUCUGGAGGGAAGAAAAUGCUAAAGCAGCCUUGUUAGAGCUCACUGGGGCAGUGGACUACUCCCUGAUACCCAGGGAGAUGCCAGGCAAAGGAGGGCUCUGGAAAGUGGUGUUUAAACCCCCCACUUCCGACGCAGAGUUCUUGGAAAGGCUGCAUCUCUUUCUAUCUAGGGAAGGGUGGACUGUGCAAGAUGUUGCUCGUGUGCUUGGGUUUCAGAACCCUGCUCCAGCUCCAGGCCCGGAAAUGUCAGCAGAGAUGCUCAACUAUAUUUUGGGUAAUGUUAUUCAACCUCUUGUUGAGUCCAUAUGGUAUAAGAAGCUGACGUUAUUCUCCGGGAAGGACAUUCCCGGGCCUGGCGAGGAAACCUUUGAUUCCUGGCUGGAGCACUCGAAUGAAAUCAUAGAGGAAUGGCAGGUGUCGGAUAUAGAAAAGAGACGGCGGUUGAUGGAGAGUUUGAGAGGCCCCGCUGCUGACGUCAUCCGCAUCCUCAAGACCAACAACCCUACCAUAACGACCGCAGAAUGCCUGAAGGCUCUUGAGCAGGUCUUUGGGAGUGUGGAGAGCUCUAGAGAUGCACAGGUCAGAUUUCUGAACACUUACCAGAACCCAGGAGAAAAGUUAUCUUCGUAUGUUAUCCGUCUGGAGCCUCUGCUGCAAAAGGUAGUAGACAAGGGGGCCAUUGAUAAAGAUAACGUGAACCAGGCUCGCUUGGAGCAGGUCAUCGCUGGGGCCAACCACAGUGGGGCCCUCCGAAGGCAGUUGUGGCUGGCUGGGGCUGCGGAAGGGCCCGCACCCAACCUCUUCCAGUUACUGGUGCAGAUUCGAGAGGAGGAAGCCAAGAAGGAAGAGGAGGAGGCCGAGGCCGCCCUCUUGCAGUUAGGCCUGGAGGGACACUUCUGAGUCCUAGGAUUGGCCAGGCUGCUUUUGAUAUCCCUGUGACAUUUUAUUAAGCCUGCCACUCAAAGAGCUGCAACGGUAAAGGUGGUCCUUACUGCCUAAAGUGAAUGCUUGAUGCCAGCCCUCCUGGGGACAUCUCUGACAGCUGUAAGAAAACAUGAAGCUGUGACACUUCCUGUCAAGAUGGUUGCCAAGCUGCAAGUUCUGAUGCGCGCCAGGUUCACAGACUGUACAGUACAAACUCUUGUGUUUGUUACUAACACUGUGGAUAGUUUUACUGUAAAUUGUUCCCAAUUUGUAUCGAUGGAAAGAAUGUGAUUCUAUUAGAGGAUAUUACUCAUCUUGAAAAAUGCGGAUUUCUAAUUCCUCACGGCUCAACACUGGAAUCAGUUUCCCUGAAAAGGAUCCUCGGACUAAAAGUGGCAUGUUAGAAAAAACCAGGCCUUUACAGAGCUGCACAAUCAGUUCUUCACGGUGGAAGACAGAAGUCCUGGGGAGAGUGGCCAUGCCCAAUCUACACUUCCUUCACUUCAAAGAUUAGUCAUUUAAUAAUUGGUCAAUGCUAAGGGUUCUAAGUUUGACGUUAUUGAAUAGAUGUAUACAAAUAAAAAUUUGAAAGUUCUCA